CAAUGGCAUCUGCACACAUUGUCUUCUACCUGAUAUCUUUGUUCUUGGGUGUAAUUGCUCAGAAGAACAACCUGCGUUUAUCCUCCUCUGUUCAUGAACAAACACGUUUUAUAUCAGCUAAAUCUGGAGACAGCGUGACUUUACAUUGUUACUAUGAACAGAAUGUUGCUGCACGUUUUUACUGGUACAAACAAACUUUAGGAGAGAAACCAAAACUCAUUUCUACCUUCUAUAAGUCAGAAACCAAUUUUGUUCAAUUUCAUGGUCCAUUCAACAAUAGUGCACGUUUCAGACUAGAUAAUGGAAAAGGAAAAAACGACUUGAUUAUCUCAGACUUAAGUGUUUCAGACUCAGCAACUUACUACUGUAUAUGUUCCUACUGGUACACAUCAACGUUCUUAGAGACCAUUAUUGUCAGUGUCAAUGAUUUAGAUUUAAACAUACGAGCUUUAGUUCAUCAGUCAGCAUCUGAGACCAUCCAGCCAGGAGGCUCUGUAAGUCUGCACUGUAUGGUGCACACUAUGCUGAGCUGUGAUGGAGAACACAGUGUUUACUGGUUCAAAGACUCUGAAGAUUCUCAACCAGGACUCUUUUACACCCAUGGAGUCAGGAAUGAUCAGUGUGAGAGGAAAGCUAACAAAAGAACACACACCUGUGUCUAUAACUUGACAAUGAAGAGCCUGAAUGUGUCUCACACUGGGAUCUACUACUGUGCUGUCGCCCUAUGUGGACACAUACUGUUUGGAAACGGGACCAAGCUGGACUUUGGGGUUUGGCAAGAUUCUGCUGCCCUGAUGUAUUUCUUAAGCACAGCUUUAAUACUCACCACCAUCAUCAGUGUGUUAUCAACUCUUUUAGUGUAUAAGAUGAAAAAGAGGAACAACUGCCAAUCCAGAGACUCAAACGCAAAUGAUUCUGUAAAUUUAGAGAGCACCCAAGAGGACAACCUUCAUUAUGCUGCUUUGAGAAAAAUUAGGACGAAACAAGCAAGAAGACAGACGAGCAACACCCAGGAGGAAUGUGUGUACUCCGGUAUAAAGUAA